GAACAGGUCUGUUAAAGGGUUAAUUCUGGACUGCAGGGACAGGAAGAUGUUCACGUCUGUGAAACUCAAGGCCAACCCGCUUUAAGACAUUCCAAUUGAGUUUCUUAAGGAAUGUAACAAAUGCUCCGGUGUACGUGUGCAUCAUUGGAUUAGAAGUGGUUUUAUCCAGCAUUUAAACGGGUUUGGUCUCCCAAACAAAAGGAAGGGGAUUUGUCUCGAGGGGGGUCAGUGCUCCAGAAAAGACAGGAAAAAUUGGAUAAGGUUUUUAGGCAUUUCGACAGGCACAGGAUGACAAACAACAUAUCCAGAGGAGAUUCGAGUCCAUGGUAAGGUUUGGAAGCAUGUCCUACAGUGACCAGACUCCACCCAGCCCCAGCAGGACCAGCGGCAGUAACUCUGGGGCACAGUAUGCUACUGCUGCACUGGGCGUGGGCCUCAUCGCUCUGGGGAUAGUCAUGAUUGUGUGGAACGUGGUGCCGGCAGGGUCCGGAGGGAACAGCUCCAGACCUGGCAUGGAUCAAGGUCAAGUUCGGGAGACCUCAUCGGUGGCGUUCGUCCUAGUAGGGGGAGGAGUGGCGCUUCUGCUGCUGUCUGUGUGUCUGAGUGUACGGAACAAACAGCAGGCGGCCAGGGGACAGGAAGCCGGCAGUACACCUGCUAACACACAGGAGGAGGGGGCUACGGUGGAACAACUAGCUCAAAACUACACAGUUCCCACUUACGAGGAGGUGGUAAUGAGUGGCCAGUAUCCCAUCAGUCAGUCCUCAGAGCGACACAACAGCAUCACCCCGCUGCCAGCCUAUGAGGAGCUAGAGGAAGAUCAGCACACUGUGGAAGAUGGAUUCAGCCCAGCACGCAGACCUUCAUCCCAAAUCGACCCCAGCACUGGAGCGGGUGGCCGAAGAAACAGCCGGCCCGGGAGCAAGCUGAUUCCCCUUAAAAUUAGGCGCAUAAAAUCUGACAACCUAAGAAGGAAAAGCUUAAGCGAUAUCCAGCAGACUAACGUGUUCACCAUCGAACCCCUCACACCGCCUCCACAGUAUGACGAAAAGCUCCCUCCACUUCCUACAGACUCACAGCAGUGAGGCAUGCUGGAGGUUUACACUAACACUGCAGUGUGACGAAGUGUGACUACCUCUUUUACAAAUUACUACUACACUGAACUUCAUAUUACUCCUCUGGAACGGAUGUGCCACUAUCAGCAGCACAGAGGAGGCAGUAGUUUGGAAAGGGGAGAGCCUUCAUUAUGUCUUCCUGUGUUUGCUGAAUAUUUCCUUGUAGCAAAAAAAAAAAAAUAAAAUUAAUAAAAAUAAAAAAUCAUUUAAUAAAAAAGUUGCAGCUGACUGGAUUAAGACUGAACUGGAUUUUUGAAAGAUGUUUACUGACCCACUGCUGGUAUUUAUAUAGGAUGGUCUUGUUUUUGCUGUCGAACUUGAAAUUCAGCAUCCAAGCUGUCUAGACCUUUAUUUCAUAGGAUGUCCAUUACAAUUUCAGAAGAAAUGUGAAACUGUAAACUGUGAGUCACAGCACUAUUACGUUUUUUUGCACUGAUAUUUGUUUGUGUCGGGUGUGAGUGCAUGUGAUGUUUUUUGUAAAUUUUCCAAGAACUUUGCUUUGGUUCUUGUGUUGGCUUUAACUUUCAGUGUUUGUGUGUAAGUAUGGUUGUUCUUAGUGACCUUGUUGCCGGAGUGACAAAGCGUGAGGUCAUCAGUAUGUGUCUCUCCUCAUGGUUUACCACACAGAGAAGUUCUUUGACCCCGCAGCUGCCUUAUAUCACUCUCUCACCAACACACACCACCAGACACAGAGAAUUUCUUGUCUCCCUUUUUCACUAACUAGGAUACACAAACACUCAGUCUUUUCAUCCCUUUAUUUUUAACUUUUAAUGUUGAUUUGUGUAAAGACAACUGAUUUUCUCAUUGGGCAGCUGUGGCAUCUCCAUGCUGUGAGGUUGAAGCUCCCAGUCAUCUGUCUGCACUUGCAUUACUGCUCUAAACACUCCAGGAUUUUCACAUUAAGACACACUUGUAGCUGGUUAUUAAUGAAAUCAGUGUUUAUGUUUCUGGAAAUUUUGCUGAUGCCUCUUCAGUUUAAGACAGACAUGGAUGGAAAAAAUGUUGCUGAAUCUCAUGUGCUAUUUAAUAUGUUUCUUCUGUU